AUGAAAUUAAGAGGUAUUGGUGGAGGUGCGGGUGGCAAGAUCGACCUGUGGUGGCUCGAAGCACGACGAAGGUGUUGUAUGGGAACUCGCGCAGUGGUGGUUGUGAGGAAGAUGGUGAGUGAGGCGAGGGUGGUGCGGAGAGAAGAUUUGGGAUGUUGGGUGAAUGGGGUCUGCCGAAGGAGGAGGAGAGAAAAGGGUAUUUGGCUGAUGCGAGUUAUUAGAGGAUAUAAAAGCAAAAAGGAAUAUGCAGCUUUGCUUCAGAGACAUAGGGCUGCUGUUAUUAUACAGAAGCGGAUUAAAACAGUACUUGCAACGAACAAAAUGAUAAGUAAUGAUGCUUCAGACACAUCUACAGGGGCACGCCGAGGCGGCAUCUGGAUCUGUGUGUUGGGAUUCGGUGGGCGAAGAAGGGGAUUGGUGGCGGACCUGAGGCUUCCUCAGGGUGGAAUCCUGCUGGAGGAAAUUGUCAUAUGCCCUAUGGAGGAUGACAAUAGAAUCCUUAGAAAUGGUAAUAGCAAUGGGUUGAACCCAAGUGUGAGCAUGAUGGGCAGGGGCAAAGUGAGACCAGAAUUUUGUGUGAAGGCCCCACUAGUUGAAGCAACACUACAGACUAGGUGGUCUUCUAGAAUAAGGUUCAAGAUGACCUAA